CAUUAGGUAAUUAACAGUUUUUUUCUUUUCUAUUUUUUUUUUAUUUCUGCAUAUGACUCGUUAAAAUAGCAAGUAAGAAUGGAGUCCAAGGUUGAAGACUGUUUCUUUGAGGAAAGGAAGAAAGUCUUAGCAACGACAACACAAAAGUAGCGUUUGACACGUGGCAUGCGUGUAUAAGUUGCGUGGUUUGGCGGUUGGUCGUGUGGCGCUGGUACAGAGAGAGACUUCCUCGCCUAUUCUCCCGCCACUAUUCUGAUCUUCUCUUUCCCGCUCUCUCUUCUCGCACUUUCCCACCAACGUAACGCACGUAACAUUCCUCAACAAUAGAUAACAAAAAAAAAAAUAUGUGAUGAAUUAAUUUGUAAAAAUCUGGUAAUUGAAUGGACUCGAUCUCCUCUUUUGACUCUCUUCUCUUCUUCUUUUUUUUUUUUCUCUUGCUUUUUGGUUCUCCGGGAUCCUGUUAAAUGGCAAUGAGAAAUUGUUAUGAAAAUUAAAUUAAUGUCAUAAUGAAAUCUUUGAAAUUUAACAUGUAGCGUUGGAUUUUCGGCAUCCAUAUCGCAUGCACAAUAAAUUUGUUUUCUUCAGCACCGGCCUUCCGUGGCCAGCUUCUCAAUAUUUCUUCUUUGGGAAGAUGAUGGCAUGUGCUCAUCCCUCAAUCCAAUUAAUUAUAGUUGCAUUAAGAUCUUUGCUUUUUCUGUUAGAUAGAUGACACAUUUUCUGGCCCUCGAUCUGCUUAUUUGAUUGAUUGAUAAAAUGCCCUCUAUUAGAUAGUUCGUCUUGUUUACAUUGCGUUGCAUUCUGUGAUAUAAUUAGUUUACACUACCGUGAUUCUAAGUUCUAGCUUUAACUUCGAUUGGGAUGGAUUGGAUAUUAAUUUCAGCUUUGGAGAGCUUUACAGGAAAUGUGACGAUUCCUUGCGAAUUUGGUUGAAACAUGGCUCAAUGAAAAUCUGAGGUUGAUUGUUCCUCCAGGGACAUAGCUAGUAAUGAAUAAUUCCACAUCAGAGAACCACAAUACAGAAUCCAAAGAAAUGGGCAGCCCAAAGCCCAUUUCUACUGGAAUUUGUAAAAAUGGUUUUAUAGUCUCUAUUCAUGGCGAGGUUGAAGCGAAACAUCGAUUGCUUUUGGUUCAAUGGAUAUCUACCCUUCUUCCUUCACUGAACUUACCGAUAAAUAUCACGGACGAUGUCUUAAGAGCAUGCUUGAGGGAUGGUAUCGUUUUGUGUCAGAUACUGAACAAGCUUCGUCCAGGUUCCGUCCCGGUGGUUAGUGAAUUUGAUCAUGAAGAAAAUCUAAAAUCGUUUCUGAAAGCUAUGGAUGCAUUGGGAUUGCCUCAGUUUUCAAUAUCAGACCUGGAGAAGGGAUCCAUGAAGGUCGUUGUGGAUUGCUUGUUAUCACUCCGAGCAAAGAGUUUGCAGAAUGUUUUCUGGGAUAACAAUUCUUCUACCACUAAUUCCAAAGUAGGAAGCCCUCACGGGAUUACAGCUCCCAGUGUUCCAUUUCCACCAUCAUCCGAGACGACCACAAAGCACCAUCGUUCCCUGAGUAGCCCAUUCUUGACAGAGUCACCAACUUCAUUACUGCACCAGGGUCACAAGUUCCACGAGGGAUACGAGGUGUUUCAAGGGAAAGAAGAAAGUUACGCAGAUCUUUCUCCAACAAAAAUAUCAGAAAUGGUGAAAUCAGUCAGUUUAGACAAUGCUCCAACUCAGUCACUUCUGGGUGUUGUGAAUGGUAUUCUUGAAGAAACCGUUGAAAAACGAAACGGUGAAAUGCCUUAUCGCGUCGCCUGCUUGUUGAGAAAAGUUUCCCAGGAGCUUGAGCGCCGCAUGUCAGCCCAAGCAGAACAUUCAAGAACUCAAAGCAAUCUUUUCAAGGUUCGUGAAGAAAAGUAUCAAUCCAGAAUUAGAGCACUUGAGGCGCUUGCGGUUGGAAAUAAUAUAGAAGAGGAUGAGAUCAUUGCUAGCCAGCUUCAUCUGCGAAAAGCUGAGAAGUUCGCAGUGGAAGAAAAUAAGCCUGAUGACAGGGAUUUUGAAAGGUCCAUGAAAAAGCAGGAGGACAAAAUUUUGGAAAUUUCAGCAUUGACCGAAGAUUUAGAAACAAGCAAAAAAGCACUUGAAUUAAAAUGCUCACGAUUAGAAGUAGAGGCUAUGGAAGCUAAAGCAGAAAUAGAACAGAAAACUAAAGCAUAUGAGCAGCAAUUAGAAGAAUGGCGCAAUAAGUGUAAAGAGCUUGAGUCUUCUUAUGUUUCAAAAUAUAACGAGUGGAACAUGAAAAAGAACCAGAUGCUAAACGUUGUAACUUUUCAAUCUAGUAAGCUAGAGAUAAUGAAAUUAUCUUGGGAGUCCAUUAAGCAAGAUGUUAUGCAAGAGCAAAAGGUUUAUGCAGAGGAGUGUAAUCAGUUAGGUGUAAACCUUAAAUCACUGGCGCAUGCAGCCGAGAACUAUCAGGUUGUUGUGGCUGAAAAUCGAAAAUUGUUCAAUGAAAUCCAAGAAUUAAAAGGAAACAUCAGAGUGUAUUGUCGCAUUAAACCAUUUACUGCUGGGGCCAAAGAAAAACAGUCCAUUAUAGAACACAUUGGAGAAGAUAAUUUGGUUGUGGCAAAUCCCUCUAAGCAAGGGAAAGAUGCUCUCCGGUCAUUCAAAUUCAACAAGGUUUUCGGGCCUGACGCAACUCAAGCGGAUGUAUACGCCGACAUACAGGCACUUACAAGAUCAGUUCUUGAUGGAUAUAAUGUAUGCAUAUUUGCUUACGGUCAAACUGGUUCAGGGAAAACUUACACAAUGACUGGUCCAACCGGAGCAACUAGCGAGAAUCUUGGUGUUAAUUAUCGGGCUCUGAAUGAUCUUUUCAGACUUUCCACGAGUAGAACGAGCUCCAUUGAGUAUGAGAUCGGAGUUCAAAUGGUUGAGAUAUACAAUGAGCAAGUGCGCGAUUUGUUAUUAAAUGAUCAUUCUCCUAGACAAAGACUUGGGAUACUUACUCACUCGCAGCCAGAAGGAUUGGCAGUGCCUGAUGCAAGCAUGUUCCAUGUUAAUGCGCCUUCAGAUGUGAUUAAGCUAAUGGACAUUGGACUAAAAAAUAGAGCCAUAAGCGCUACUGCCAUGAAUGAAAGAAGUAGCCGUUCACACAGUGUGGUGACGAUUCAUGUUCGAGGGAAAGAUUUGAACUCGGGUUCUACACUGGUUGGUAAUCUUCAUUUGGUGGAUUUGGCAGGAAGCGAAAGGGUAGAUCGGUCUGAAGUAACCGGAGAUAGGCUUAGGGAGGCACAACAUAUAAACAAAUCACUGUCUGCAUUUGGAGAUGUGAUCUUUGCCCUCUCCCAAAAGAGCUCUCAUGUGCCAUAUAGAAACAGCAAGCUCACUCAGCUACUCCAAGCUUCUCUUGGUGGUCACGCAAAGACGCUCAUGUUUAUCCAAAUCAACUCCGACGUGAAUUCGUAUUCCGAAACAAUGAGUACUCUCAAGUUUGCUGAAAGGGUUUCUGGAAUUGAGUUAGGAGCUGCACGAAGUAAUAAAGAGAGCAAGGAUGUGAAAGAAUUAAUGGAACAGGUGGCUUCUCUGAAGAACAGUGUGUCGAAAAAAGACGAGGAGAUUGAGCGGCUACAAUUACUUCACUUUAAGCAACUCCAAAGACCAAGCACAAGCAGAAGUCCGAGGGAUGAAUCUCUCCGACGAACGAAAUCCUCUAUUGGAGGAGACAAAACUCCUCGGGAAAGCUGGAGUUACACAGAUGCAGACUUUGAUGAAAGAUCCAACAAUAAUUCUGAUUAUGGUUAUGGUUCUGAAAGCUCAAAAUCAUCAGAUAAGAUGGACAAACCGAAAACAUUACAAAGAAGCGUUCAAUCGAUGAAGAAAGCAUCAGUGCGAGUCCCAUCUCCCACGAAAACACAAAGGGACCCUCCUAAGAUGUCACCAGCUCCAGGUGGGUAUAAGGAAAAGCGCCAGUAUUGGCCACCUAAGACAACCAGGUUCAAAACGGUGGCAGUAACAGCCACACGCUAGUUACCAUUAUAUGUAUAUUCUUUUUCACUAUCUUACGCGCAUAUUGCAAUUGUAAAUAUAUAUCUAUCUAUAACACUCAAGAGUGUAGUGACCAAUUAUAUAUUAUAUCAUAUAUUCCAUUGACUAAUUCAGAGGCGACUUUAAACGGGAAGCAUAAAAUGCUACGGUACCAGUGACAAAUAACUUACAAGUUCGAUUCUCAACCUGCUCACCCUUGAUCUUGGAGAAAACCUCUUCUCUUACAAUUUUGCAAAACACAUUGAUCCUUUGAGAGUCCUACAGCGCAAUUAUUGGCGUUUCAAUAACUACACUCUUGAAUCGUACACUCAUUUCUUAAAAGAAAAUAAAAAAAUUGAGAUGCUUGGACAAGCAAAUUACAAUACUUUUCGUUUCGUUUUUGUGUGUGUUUUUUUUGGUUUUGUUUAUUGAAUUGACAAUUUUGCCAUCUUGCGAAUCCCAGCUGGGUUUGGAGUCCUUUAUUUCAGGGAUUUUAUUAUUAUUAUAAGCUUCCAAGUUGCAAAUUAAUGAACAAAACUGAGGUCACGAGGGCCCUAAUUUAAAUUCAUGAUGUCUCAACCACUAACCAUCAAAACAAAAAUAUACACACUUGUUGUCGGUUGCCCUAAACGCUUUGCUUGUGUUUGCGACAUACUCACAUGCACAUUACAUUCCCACUAGCUGGCUCGUCCUACCCCUGUCUCUCAUUCCAGAAAAUCCAUUACAUUAUAAUACAAGACAAAUCCCCCUAAAAUCUGACCAUCAUAUGCGCUCUUACCUUUUUCAGUGGUAGAUUACUUUGUAUACACAACUCAACUCUUUAAGGUUAGGUCAUCAUAUCAAACAGGCAACACUUUCCCAAACAAUCAAAAAGCAUAAUAAUAUACACACAAAUUUCAAAGAUUAAUUCUCAAUUUCCUCCAAAUUACAAUUACAAAAGUAGGAGGACGUGACUCGCAGACACAGCCCAAUUACAGAGUCUCCAUAAAGCCUAACAAGGGAGAAAAAGAAACAAGAAGAACAAGAACAAGGAUUUUGCUUCCCUUUUUCUUCUUCUCUCUGCAUUGACCUCUUCUUAUUCAUCCAAGGAAGAUGAAAAUCCUCCUUUUCACAUUUAUACAAGACAUUACUAAUAAACAGAAACUUUCAUGGACCAAUAUAUACAUGUAAUUCACACUAAACAACACUGAAUAAAGAUUAGCUCCUCUUUCCAAAAAAA